CAUCUCCACCAAGAUUAACGCCAAUAAGUGCCAAUUAAAACAACCACAACUUGAAAUAAGUGGCUCAAUCGAAUUUACAUGAAAUAUAGCAUAGCCACACACACACGGAUACACACACUACUUGCACUGUGCUAAUAAAUCCGUACAUAUUCGCAUUGUAGAAUAAUCAGCUCUUUCUCUCAACAGUUCUCCCGAAAGUGAGAAUGGCCAAUUGGACAGUAAUGAAUUUAUUGUUGUUUGCACUUGUUGCAAUUCCUUUGUGUACAAAAAUAGCCUGUUUGGAGGAAGCGUUGGCAAAAAACUUCCUCCUCAAAUUGGAGACCGAAGUGCGCCCAGUGUGCCAUCAACGAGCUCUCAGCGAAUGGAACUUUCACACCAAUCUCACUGACUCCAACCGCAAGAAAUCCCUGGAGUCAUCCAUUGAGUAUUCCAAGUUUUGGAGGAGAAUGUGGGAGGAGGCGUCUCAUUUUGAUUGGAGAUCUUUUAAAGAUCCAGAUACACGGAGGCAAUUUAGCAUGAUGACAACUUUGGGGGUUGCCAUUCUUCCGGACGAUCUCCUCAAACGAUACAAUAUGCUAAAACAGAAUAUGGAGAGCGAGUAUGGAAAGGCAACUGUUUGUGAUUUCUAUAAUCAGUCAAAAUGUGACUUGGCCUUAGAACCUGAUAUUACCGAAAUCUUUCUUACCUCUCGAAACCCAGCGGAAUUGAAGUUUAUUUGGCUUCAAUGGAGGAAUGUGACUGGGGCAGCUUUCAAACAAAAUUAUACUGACUUUAUAUCUCUAAUGCAGACAGUGGCUCAGAUGAAUAACUUUUCAUCCCCGACAGAGUACGAGUUAAGGUCAUACGAAACAGAGGAGUUGACGAUUCGCGAUUUUCGUGAGCAAAUUGACUCUUUAUGGAGUACGUUGAGCCCAUUCUACAAAGAAUUGCACGCGUACGUCCGCUUUAAACUCCGGAACUUUUAUGGGGAUGAAGUUUUCCAAGAAAGUGAAGGGCGAAUUCCUUCUCAUCUACUGGGAAAUAUGUGGGCGGAAACGUGGGAAAGUAUUGAAGACAUUGUUUUGCCAUUUACCAAUAAGCAGAGUUUUAACAUCACCCAAAGGAUGCAGGAAUUGAAAAUGACCCCGAUCGAUAUGGCCAAAUUAGGAGAAACUUUUUUUGUGUCGUUGGGCCUUCCAAAGCUAAACGAACUAUUUUGGAAAAACUCAAUAUUUGAAAAACCCCCGGAUAGUGACUUAAAAAUGAUUUGUCAUCCGUCUGCGUGGGACCUCUGCGAUCAACAAGAUUUCAGAAUCAAACAAUGCACAACGAUUAGCGAGACGGAUUUACUUACUUUGCAUCAUGAACUGGGCCACAUAUAUUACCAAAUGAGUUACAAUCAGUUACCGAAAAUUUACAGGGAUGGUGCAAAUCCUGGAUUCCAUGAAGCGAUUGGAGACCUAAUUGCGUUGUCUGUCCAAACCAUGACACACAUGGAAUCGAUUGGUUUAAUUCAGCAUUUCGAGUACGAUAAAGAGACAGAAAUAAAUUACCUAUUGCGGAUUGCACUUACAAAAAUAGCAUUUCUCCCGUAUGGCUACAUUUUGGAUAAAUGGAAAUGGGAAGUAGCCUACGCCAAGAGUCCGGAUAUGAAGAAAUCCUUAAAUUGCAAGUGGUGGGAGUUGAGGGAGGAGUUUCAGGGCGUUGGCAAACCGCACAAUAUAAAUUAUGGAGAAGAAUUUCUAGAUCCAGCCUCGAAAUAUCAUGUCAUAUCAAAUGUGCCGUACGUGAGGUACUUUAUAUCAAUGAUCCUUCAAUUCCAACUCCACGAAUCUUUAUGCAAAGAAGCGAAGAACACGAAGCCUCUCCAUUUAUGUGACAUUUACAACAGUAAACGAGCUGGAUUAAAGUUGAAGAAACUACUAUCUCUCGGAGCCUCUAAGCCAUGGCCUGUCGUGCUGGCGACGGUUACCGAUACUCAAAAGUUAUCUUCGAAAUCAAUCCUCAAAUAUUUCGAACCUCUGUACAAAUGGUUGAAAGAGGAGAACGUGAGAAAUAACCAAACUCCAGGAUGGAGAACUACCACAACAUGCAAUGAUCGCCCACUUACAAAAAUCAAGUCGUCCAAAGGUUAUUUAACUAGAUGUUGUAAUGCCUUAAACUAUUGCCUUUUAACUAUUUUUGUAGUAACAUAUCCUUUGUGGCAAAUAUACUUGAAACUAUAAUAGCAA